AUGGCGAAAACCAAGGGGAUGAUGAAGAAGAAGGCCACGGCCAAGGGAGCCAGAGGUGGCUCGGCGCGGCGCCAUACGAAGGGGAGUAAAGCUUCCUGUGCAGCGGUGACCCAGAAGCGGACGACUGCACAGCUGUCUGAUGAUGAGGAUAGCAUCGAUGAGGAGGACGGCGUAUUCGACGCACAAGACGAGAGGCAGUACGGGGAAACGAUCGACACCAUCUUCGAGCGCCAAGGACCGCAGAAGAAGAGAAAAACGAAAACCAGGGGGCAACGCAAGGCGAGCACGGGGCGGGACGAUGACAGCGACAGCGACAGCGACCGCGCAUUCGACGACGACGAUGUAUUCGCCAGCGCGGCAGCCGGCGGCGGGGAUCUCAUGUCGCUCAUGAACGCAAUGCAGGCAAAGGCAAAGGGAGCUGCGACGACCAGCACGUCAGCUGAGGCGAAAAACAAGAAGGGGCGAGUGGCAAAAAAAUCUUCGUUGCCCCAGUUUGCUCCUGAUGCGGGGGCAAGCGACGAGGAGGGCAGUUUUUCUGACGAUGACGGUAGUGCGGAACACGAAACUGCGGCUCAACUCGAGCACGACGAACUACUGCAGGACGUGGCGGCGCAACUCGGGACGUCGCCCGACGAGAAUGACGGACACGGCAAGGCUACUGGUGGACCGCGUCGCAACCGGCUCGCGCACGUGUCGGAGUCGAUGGCGCACCUGCUCGGGGGGGAGGACGUAGACGAGGCGGAUGCGGUGAACCUACAGGAGCUUCUGCAGCCACUGGCCCAGAAGCAGGCGCUGGGCAACGUGCAGCGGCAGCUGUUGAAGCUGGAGGAGAGUGCGCAGAAGCUGGAACACGAGGAGGUACUGGGCGACGUCAAGCAGGCACGCAAAGAUCGGGCGGUAAACUACGAAGCGUCCAAGCGGGACGCCCGCAAGUGGGACCAGCAAGUGCGGGCGAACCGAAACUCGAGUCAGCUGCUCUUUGGCGAUUACGAGGACCUGCUGGAGAACCGGUCGACGAAAAGCCUCGCUGCGAGCUUCCAGUUUAAAACAGGUAUAGGUGGAAUCAUAAUAUCUGCAUUACUCUGCUGGGCGUCCAAGUCCAUGCAACUUGUAGACGUGCAUCGUAAAUUGGUACUGGCCCCCUCCAUGCAUCAAAUACUGGGGUGUGAAUCUGUACGGCAGCUGCAAACAAGUCAGACAUUAGAACAGCGUUGUUGUCGUGUAGUAUAUCUGAAUCUUCAAUCUGGCCAGCGAGUGCUUGUAAACACUUGUUUGCGAUUGCGCAAGGAAAUUCGGCAGGAUUGGGAUAAAAAUAUUUGAAUAAGUGAUUGCAUUGUACUACGCUCGUGGGUCAGACAACAUAUGGCCCUGGUUCCACCGUGUCAACAACAUCUAUAUGUUGCUAAAAAGGUCGUUCUCACCUUAGAUCACGAAACGAAAUGAACGCUACAACAGCCGCGAAUUCGAUAGCCAAGCAGGGGAGCGAGCAGACGGACUCGUUUGAGGCCGACCUCGCGCUCGCACUUGCAGAGACGAAAGAGCUGGAAAUGGCAGCACGGGGUAUCGUCAGCAAAAAUUCCCCUACGUACCGCCCACACUCAAAAGGAUAAGGAUAUAUCAUUUCCCUGCUGGGUAUGCGUAUAAUUACUUACAGUUUCAGUUGUCAUCAACCUGUGUUGCAGCGGGGGACUUGUAACGCGUUGUGAUGAGAGAAGAUAAUUUUUGUCAUGCUAAUAGUCUGGCUCUGGGUGGACAGUGUGUGAGGCUUUGCCUUGUCGUACUGAACAGGCAAGAAAGCAAGUUUGGCUGCUAUCCACGACGGCAGUUCAGAUUUCGUUCCGUCUGACACGAAAGGUGUAUUUAUUUAAGUAAUACAUAGGAAAUACAAGAAAUAAACGUGCUAUGCCACGAGUUUCGAGUUCGUAAAGCUUUGUGCAUGGGGUCGACGUGGUGGGAGCUUUUUUGCUUUUGAUACGACACGAGCAACGACUGGAUGGCACCGGCACGGGCGGUCUUCUGGCCGAUGGCGACGGCCAGACGACGGGAGCGAACCCGGCCAUCCGCGAAGCCAAGCGGACGCAGCAGAUGGCGCACCUGCGGGCGUUGCAGCUGCGCGAGCUCACGCGGGCGAAGAGAUUGAAAAAAAUCAAGUCAAAGUCCUUCCACCGGGUUAAGAAACGCAUGGACAACAAGGAACGCGAAAAAGUACUUUUGGAUCGCAUAUUCUUGUUCUGCUUACUGCUACAAAACUGCGUAUAUAGAAUGUUGACCACACCGGACGACUGGACACUCUCGUGUGAGUGUGCAACACUUUUUACGGAUUUAAUGCAAACUGCCUGUCUUGCAUGACAAAUUGCAAAAUUUCUGAUUUUAGGGAAUAUUUUUAUGUUGAGGUGAAUUAUGUCAAGAGCUGAGUAUUAGUUUUACUUUUACGUAGUGCCUACGAUGUAUGAAAUAGGUGCUGUCCCGACUGGAGCAGGAGGAUCCAGAGCUGGCGGCGCAAAUCAAGCGUGAGAUGUAUCGAAUCGAAAAGUGCCCCGCACCCGGAGGACAUUUUGCAAAAUUGUAUUUGAAUUGUGAAGGUCACACCUCGAAAAAUGAAAGGAGGCAUGCGACUUCUUUUUACUCUGGAUCUGGAAUGUAUUAAUGCGGUCAGCACUUGACAGGUCCAGGUGACUAGUACAGGUGUCGCCUAUGGUACUGGGCACCCCUCCACAAAGAAAGAUUUUCCUUUUUGCCGAUCUGCACGGAAAAUUCUUGAUUGGUCAUGGAUAUGCAUUUUACCACUUACAUCAUCCGAAAAUAAAACAACGCGUCAAAUAUAAACUUUAUUGUCCCGCAUAGAACGAUUGUGAAGCGCCAUGCUUCAGAGGUGCGUAACCUACUUCGUUCGGGCUAUGAAUGAAAAUCUAUUCUUGAACGGUGACAACAUCGGUACAGCCAUUUUAGCAUCAGAAACAUCAGCUUUUCCUGGGGGCAGGGCACUGUAUUUCAGGUUGAUAAAAGGGAGCAGAAGCUGGCAGAGGUGCGGUCGCGGCGGGGAGCAGACGCGCGCAAGAAGUGGGCCCGGGCGGCGCAACGCUUCGGGGGCAAGGAGAUGCGGUCAGUGAUCUCCACGCAGGCCCAGAAAGCCGAAGAUGACAAGCGAGCAUUGCAGCGCGCUCUGAAGGCGAAGGAGCAGAACAACGACUCAGACGACGAGGACCUAGAUUUGUCGGACGAAGAUUUGGAUCCCCUGGAGAAAGCAGAGCAGCUGGCCAAGCGAGAGCUGGAGGAGAGUUUCAAGCUGCACGAGACCCCGGGCGACGACACCAUGAAGAAGGGCCUGUUCGGCCUGAAGUUUAUGCAGGACGCCAUGGCUAUGGAAGUGUCAGAAUCGAAAUCAACAAAAUCGAAAUAAUUUGUGAUGCACAAAAUCGAUACCACUUGGAGCCUCAAUUUCCAAGUGGCGCAUGACAAAUUUCGGGAGCGCCAAAAUCCAGGCUGUCAUGCUGUUUUGGCAAAGAAGACUGCUCCUGGCGUGCUGCUCCGGCAGCACAUCGCCUUCCCCUAAUCAGGCUUGCAAUCGGUCUCAUUUGCCUACUCCCCAACACAGGCCUUCCUUGCCGUACAUUUUACGCAUUACAAAUUUUUCGAUUUUGUCGAUUUCGAUCCUGACACAUCCAUAAUGGCCAAAAAGCGCGAGGAGUCGCAGAAGCAGGCCGCCGCGCUGCUGGGGGAGCUCGGGAGGUGGCGGGAGGAAGCCGCGCCGACGAAAAAGGACCAGGACGAGGAGGUGGAUCAGCGCAGUGACCACGACGACACGAGCUCCUGUGACGAGGAAGGCGAAGACGAGGCGUUUUCGCACAAGGAACUCGCUGAGGCGGAAAAGGCGCUCGGCGCGCCGGGGAGCGGCGAAGAAGGUGCCGUGAUACUGUCGUCGACAUCUCCACCGUGUACUACAGGAGCGACGAGGACCUCUUCUGGCUCUAGUACAGGGAGGACCACGUCUUCGUGCAACACCUUGUUCAUCGCGCCGGGGGCCAGCACGACGGGGGCGAACAGGAGAAGCGGUGAAGCCACGGGAGUAGUCACGGUGAAGCGAGAAAAAGCAGGUAGCGUUGUACCUCCAGCACACGACCAAAAAGGACGAACGGCACAAGAACUGCAGCAGACACACCCGGAAGGUGGUGAAAACUCGUCUGGCCAGCCGCCUGCAAGAGGGACCAGCGAGCGAUCUGCACCAGCGAAGUUCACGAGCGAGCCUCACGAGGAUCGUGGAAGCGAGGGUGAUAAUAGCAGCGACAGCGAGGAUUCCGAGGGCGAUUUGCAGCAGGUGAAAAAUUAUCCGGGGCAAAUAUGAAAGUUUUGGGUCCAGGAUAUAAGUCCUGCUUACUUUAUUUUUAUACUCUUGUUGAUAUUGUCUGAGUCUGUGUCACGCCUAAACUCUAAUUCUAAGCGAUGGCGCAAUGAAUUUUUAGAUGAGCAGCACUAGGCUAGGCUACAUUUUUGGCAUGAUUGUUACCCAGCGGUGGCUAUUAAGCAUGACAAAUUGUCGCACGACGCCGUCGUGUCGUGCAUAUUGCAUGAGCAACAGCAAUUGUAUUUCCAAACCACAAUCAAGCACCGGCUUUGCUGCAAAAAUCACAGGCAUCACAGAAUGCACAGUCAUUUUGCAAGAACAACAGCGGCAUCAUUCAACUGUGUCAGACCGCCCAGAGAAAUCAUGAUUUGCCAUGCAUAAGAACCCCUUUGCUCAAGUGGACCGCGCGGACGCCGACAACGCACAGCUGAUUCGCUCCGCGUUUGCCACGUUUGUAUCAAAAUGAAAAAACGGCAUCCCCCCAUACUCAAACAAAUUUCCCGUUUCUUUGUAUCAGCACGUUUUGUGAAGAUGAGGAUGACAUAGCAGUUUGGCAUAUGUGAAGGGUACUACUGCAGACGUGGCCUCUACCCAUUUUGUCUGGCAUGGAAAAGCAAAAGCGUUGCGUGUUCCGCAUGACAGAAAACCAUUGAAGUGCCUGAGUAGCGCCGCAAUUAGUUGCCUGCAACCCAGGUCGCAAUUUUAUGUCUGUUUGCCUCCUAGCAAGAAUGCAACAAGUCGACUUGUUUUACUGCUGUUUUUAACAAAUUCAUCACCAGAAAUCUCCUUUCCUAGAAAAACAAAUCCGUGCCGUUUGAAUAUGGGGAUGGGGGAUGAUGUUUCCCCGCAAUAAUUUGGGGAAGACAACCAGACGGACUUUGAUCGGGACAUCAAUCAGCAGCGCGAGGACCGUAUCAAAUGCAAAAAUGUCUGGGUCUGGAAACUUGUAAUGCUAAAAAUGAAUGAUAGACGCACUGCAAUACGCAGCUAUGCAUGACAAAUUUUUUGACUGCCAUGUGUUACGCAUUCCGCAUGGCAAACUGCGUUUUUGCAUGACAGGUAAGAGGGCCUUGUCGUGCCUAUGCAACACAGAUUCUCGAGUCAUGCCAGACAAGCAUGACAAACUUGCAUUCUUCCAGACCCAGACAUUUUUACAGUUGAUAGACCGGCAGAGCCGCGCCGAGGAACAGGCGAACAAGAUGUCGGGCUGGGGCAGUUGGGCAGGCUAUCCUGAGUAAAAACGUACCCACACCAGAGUCAGGAUGAGGAUUUUGCAACACAAACCGAGGAGUUUUGUGAGUCACGCAUGACAAGUUGCACUAUGCAGUGUAGUGCAGGUUAGCAAUUGCAGCCGCAUCACAGAUUCACCUGCUCACCCUGUUCACAGCAUCACAAAUUCCAAAACACGAUUGGAAAUGGCUCUCAUGGGGAUGCGCAUUACAAGUCUUCCUGUCUUUGCAAAUCUGCAUUUUCACCCCCUCCCCGGGGGGAAUAUAAAUUCGGGUGCACUGACAAAAAGAGGCGGAACGCAGCGAGGAGAGUUGCCUCGCUGUCGUUGCCGACCCAAGAAGGAUCCGCAUCGUAGACGUACGCACACUGUGCAAAAGAUCCAGUAGGUUUUUUUUUCGGCUGUCCCCCACUUCUUAGAUUGUCGUCAAAGAUUAGAGUAGUGCUAUUCCAUUACCGCCUUCGCGAUAUUUUUUUAGCGGACCCCGCACAUUAUCCCUGAUGCGUUUCCCGCUUAGUAUUGAAUGUCUUUGACUCAAACACAUAAACGCGCCUUGCUACGGCACACCUCAUCUGCCUAGUCGCCCCUAGGUAGGUGCAGGAAUUUUCUGUGUGGGCUUUUUGUGCUGAAUUAUUCCAACAGGGGCUGCGUUUUUUUUUUCUGCCUUGCCAGCAGAGUUGUACAGAUGGGGGGGAAUUGACGGAAAUGGAGCGAGACCUUGGUGACGGACCAGACGACAAGAGCGGAAAUGGUACAAAUCAAAAAAAAAAGAUGGUGUACACGCGCACUGCUUAACUGUGUGAAAGGUGUCGGCCCUGAUUGACCUGCUGCGGCAGGCAGGUGAAUUCGUAGAACUGCGUCACAUGUUAAGUAACGCCCACUGGCCUCCUAGAAGAAUAGUGAUGAAUUUAUAUGCGUUUUUUCAGCGUGGGGCCCAAUGAAAAAAAAAAAAAAUCUGCAUUACAACUCUGGCGUGGGUACGUUUUUACUCAGGAUACAGGCGUGGGCCUGGAGACAACGUCCGCGGCCAAGCGGCGCAAGGUGGUAACCACGCUGAACCCCGUACGGAUUGCAAACAUGUCUGGGUCUAGGACAUUGCCAGAUCAUCUGUCAACAUGCCCGUGGUCCGACUACAUGAGCACGACUCAAAACCCUGUGAUGCAUGGGCAGCACGAAGUAGAGACUAGACCCGCUUUCGCUUAUUUCCCGUCAUGCAAAACAAGCGCAGCUUGCCCUGCGGAAUAAGUAUGCAACACAUUGUAGCCCAAAUCUUUGUCAGGCUUGGCUGCGUAAUAGUGCAGUGCGUCGAGGAGAAAAGCCAUGGACUGUCGUCUAGCAUUACAACAAGUUUCCUGACCCAGACAUACUUUUUUCUUUGAUAGCCCGCGACCGCGUGCAACACGCGGGUCACGGUAUUGAACCAAGGGCAGCCCAGCAAGGCCUUCAGCGACAAGUACGAAGUGCAAAACUUGCCGCACCCGUUCCAGUCGAAAGAGCAGUACGAGACCGCGCUUGGGUACCCAAGAAAAAAAGGUUGUAGGUGUAACUCUCUUAAUGUUGGGGGAACAGCAUUACAAAUGGCAAGAUCAUGAAGAUAGCAGAUGAAACCUGUUAUGCGCAGAGAGAUAGUAGUACGUCUACGUGAACAAAACACGACGCUUCAAUCAUGGACCCUACAUUGCACGACCGGCAUAAAGACAGACGCAAUCAUGAUCAGUUGCAUGUCGCGCAUCACAUAAAGUUACACCAACAAUGUUUUUUUCUUGGAUAUGGGGAAGGCACUGGGGAGCGAGUGGAACACGGGGAGUGUGCACAAGUACAAGAUCCAGCCGCAGGUGGUCACCCGCCUGGGGGCGGUCGUCCAACCGCUUCGCUACAUCAAACACGCCCCGGCCGAGGACCGCGACGAGAUGCUGCAGGCCUGGUCCAAGAACCACAAGCCGAAGAAACCCAAGGCGCGCUUCUGAGGGAUAUUGUGUGGAAAAAUUCCCUCUCCCCAUACUCAAUAAAUGGAAGAUAUGCGAUGCCGAUUUCUUUGUGCCCACAGAUCAGCUUUGUCUUGCAAGAAGGCCGCAAGGGCAGAGGUGUGGGCCGCCUUUCUUUGGAGGCGAUUUCGCAUGCUGCUGGGCCUAGAACAGGGCUGUAGGCGUUUUCCAUGCUAAAGAGUUAGACCCUCAACAUGUUCCUAAACAGGCGGAGGACCUGGCUGCAGUCCCUUACUGCGAGACAGAGGGUAUAAUUUUUUUUCCUGCAACAGCAACUUGGUUUUGUUUUUGAAUAUCGGGAGGGGGAUGUUUCAUUUUGAUUAGGGACGACGACGAACCGGGUUUUAUCCAACGACAGAACUUCUAGGGCGAGUGCGAUACUCGUGCCAUGUAAGAACAAGAAGUCCAUCGCAAAGAGUAUGCAAACAUCCAAAGAAGUAUCUACUUACUACUUCUACUAGUCGCAAGCUACCCUUGACCCACUCCGCACUAGAAACCAAAAGCAACACACAACAACGACCAGGCAGGCACCCCGCCGCACCCUCACGCACUCCCCACCGGCGCACAGCAAGGCGACAGUCCCAGUUGUGCAGACACAGCCGGGCCUCUAAUGUUCUGGCCCUCGCCUCAAGCGCCCCCGUCUUUCUGAACCUCCAGCGGAAGUGCCCUAGCGGCCUAGCCUCGAGCCCUAGCGGCCUAGCCUCGAGCCCUAGCGGCCUAGCCUCGAGCCCUAGCGGCCUAGCCUCGAGCCCUAGCGGCCCAGCCUCGAGCCCCUGCGGCCUAGCCUCGAGCCCCUGCGGCCCAGCCUCGAGCCCUAGCGGCCUAGCCUCGAGCCCCUGCGGCCCAGCCUCGAGCCCUAGCGGCCGAGCCUCGAGCCCCAGCGGCCGAGCCUCGAGCCCUAGCGGCCGAGCCUCGAGCCCUAGCGGCCGAGCCUCGAGCCCUAGCGGCCUGCCUAGCCUAGCCCCAAGCCCUAGCGGCCUGCCUAGCCUAGCCCCAAGCCCUAGCGGCCUGCCUAGCCUAGCCCCAAGCCCUAGCGGCCUGUCUGGCCCCGAGCCGGCCCUAGCGGCCUGCCUAGCCCCGAGCCCUAGUGGCCUGCCUAGCCUCGAGCCCUAGCGGCCUGCAUUCAUAGCCUCGAGCCCUAGGUAGUGGCCUGCCUAGCCUCGAGCCGGCCCUAGGUAGUGGCCUGCCUAGCCUCGAGCCCUAGCGGCCUGCCUAGCCUCGGUCCCUAGCGGCCUGCCUAGCCUCGAGCCCUAGCGGCCUGCCUAGCCCCGAGCCCUAGCGGCCUGCCUGGCCCCGAGCCCUAGCGGCCUGCCUAGCCCCGAGACUCAUUGGUCCGCGGCCUUCCCCGCCUCGCGCCGGCGCGGAGGUUCCGGGGACCGCGGGGCCCGGAGGUUCCAUCCGGGGACCGGGGGACCCGGGGGUUUCGGGGGCCGUGGGGCCCGGAGGUCGGAGGUUUCGCGGACCCCGGGACCCGGAGGUCGGAGGUUCCGGGGACCCCGGAGUUCGGACCUUCCGGGGACCCCGGAGCCUGGGGGUUUCGUUGACCCCGGGACCCGCAGGUCGGAGGUUUCGGGGGCCGCGGGGCCCGGAGUUCGGAGGUUUCGGGGACCGCGGGGCCCGGAGGUCGCUGGGGGGUUUCGGGGACCGCGGGACCUGAAGGUCGGAGGGUUCGGGGACCGCGGAGUUUGAAGGCUUCGGGGACCGCGAAGCCCGAAGGCCGGAGGUUUCGUUUCGCGGACCCCGGGACCCGAAGGUCGGAGGUUUCGGGGACCCCGGAGCCCGGAGGUCGGAGGUUUCGGGGAACCCGGGACCCGGAGGGCGGAGGUUUCGGGGACCCCCAGACCCGGAGGUCGGAGGUUUCGGGGACCCGCAGACCCGGGGGUCGGAGGUUUCGGGGACCCGGAGGUCGGAGGUUUCGGGGACCCCGGGACCCGGAGGUCGGAGGUUUCGCGGACCCCGGGACCCGGAGGUCGGAGGUUUCGGGGACCCCGGGACCCGGAGGUCGGAGGUUUCGGGGACCCCGGGACCCGGAGGUCGGAGGUUUCGGGGACCCCGGGACCCGGAGGUCGGAGGUUUCGGGGACCCCGGGACCCGGAGGUCGGAGGUUUCGGGGACCCCGGGACCCGGAGGUCGGAGGUUUCGGGGACCCCGGGACCCGGAGGUCGGAGGUUUCGGGGACCCCGGGACCCGGAGGUCGGAGGUUUCGGGGACCCCGGGACCCGGAGGUCGGAGGUUUCGGGGACCCCGGGACCCGGAGGUCGGAGGUUUCGGGGACCCCGGGACCCGGAGGUCGGAGGUUUCGGGGACCCCGGGACCCGGAGGUCGGAGGUUUCGGGGACCCCGGGACCCGGAGGUCGGAGGUUUCGGGGACCCCGGGACCCGGAGGUCGGAGGUUUCGGGGACCCCGGGACCCGGAGGUCGGAGGUUUCGGGGACCCCGGGACCCGGAGGUCGGAGGUUUCGGGGACCCCGGGACCCGGAGGUCGGAGGUUUCGGGGACCCCGGGACCCGGAGGUCGGAGGUUUCGGGGACCCCGGGACCCGGAGGUCGGAGGUUUCGGGGACCCCGGGACCCGGAGGUCGGAGGUUUCGGGGACCCCGGGACCCGGAGGUCGGAGGUUUCGGGGACCCCGGGACCCGGAGGUCGGAGGUUUCGGGGACCCCGGGACCCGGAGGUCGGAGGUUUCGGGGACCCCGGGACCCGGAGGUCGGAGGUUUCGGGGACCCCGGGACCCGGAGGUCGGAGGUUUCGGGGACCCCGGGACCCGGAGGUCGGAGGUUUCGGGGACCCCGGGACCCGGAGGUCGGAGGUUUCGGGGACCCCGGGACCCGGAGGUCGGAGGUUUCGGGGACCCCGGGACCCGGAGGUCGGAGGUUUCGGGGACCCCGGGACCCGGAGGUCGGAGGUUUCGGGGACCUCGGGACCCGGAGGUCGGAGGUUUCGGGGACCCCGGGACCCGGAGGUCGGAGGUUUCGGGGACCCCGGGACCCGGAGGUCGGAGGUUUCGGGGACCGCGGGGAAAGGUCGCAGAGGUUUUGGUCGGGAGGUUUCGGGGGUUGGGGUUGAAGGUCGCGGGAGUUGUUGGUGGAGGUUUCUGGAGGUGUGCGUUAAAAUUUUUUGUUCUAUACUUAUCAUUAUGGCUACGUACGACUCCAAUUAUAGCAUUGUUCCCAACAAAACCAACAAAAAACAUCUUGGUCUUGCGAUAUUCAAAACACGGAGUUCUUUUACAAAAACAAUCAAGUUAUAGCCAAAAAACCACCUCGACAGCUGCA